AUGGUUAAAAUUAAGACGAUGUUCAAAGCGCUACGGCGCUUGCACGGCCAGAAUCUGGAAAGCAGAGGUCUCAAUGAUAUGACGGAAGCGUUUCAGUCAUUUUUUACUAUAAAUUUCUUUGUAAAUACGCCUCUUCUGCUAAACACGUUCGAUUUUAGACGAACCUGGUCCCAUUCUGCGGCCGAGUUCAUCAAAUAUCGACGUCUUCUGCCGAUGCUCCUAGCAGACGGACAGCACUUUGACUCGGCUGAAACAGAUGAUUUCGAUGCAUCGUUGGCCAAUUACGCAAAAUCAAAGGAGGAGCGGAAAAUCAUUGUGACAAACAUAUCACCUCGAGUGACACCAUCACAGCUUCAGUCGUUCUUCUCAAAAUUCGGAAAGGUGUCGCAUUGCUCGCUGCCACGAGAAGACAGACGAACUUCUAUGUUUGGCACGAUGCCGAAGUUUCUGAAAAACUGUGGCACAGCGACUUUGACAUUCAAAAAGGCUGAGGAUGCUGACAGAGCGAAAAAUGCUACACCUGAAGAGCUCAAAUUUUAUGAUCAGUGUAUGGUCGUGGCACCGGUCAGUUGCAUUUCGAUUUUAAUUAUUUUACUUUAUGACUUAGUCUUGGGUGUACUUACUAACUCACUUUCUACUUACCCCUAUGAGUAUUCACCCUAG